CGUAUGUUUCGGUCAAACGCUACAUUAAAUUUUCAUAUUUUAAUCAUUUAUUUUAUUUAUUAUAGAAAACAAGGAAUCCCUUGCACCAAAUAAAAAAUCAACCCCCUCCUUUCCCGCCUUUAAAUGCGUCGCAAGGCAGGUCUAGCCUCGGUGGAGCGAGAUAAAAUGGCGCGAGAUCGUUAUAAGGCCAAAGGAAGUGAGAUGGCAUCAGCUCGGCUCGCACUCUUGACGCGCUCUGUAGAAACUUUGAAAGACAGAUUGCAAAGCUUUGCGGCCAAGCACGGUAACGAUAUAAGAUCAAACCCCACCCUCCGAACCCAAUUUCACGCCAUGUGCGCCUCCCUCGGGGUCGACCCCCUUUCUAGCGCCCGGGAUCCUUCUCUCUCCAUGAUCGGAAAAAUAUUUUUGGGAAGAGAAAGCGGACUUCUAACAAGAUUUUACACUGAAUUGGCCGUGCAGGUGAUUGAAGCCUGUUUAGCCUCCCGGACGCGUAACGGAGGUAUACUUCCACUUAGCCAAUUGACUCGUGACGUUACGCGCAGUAGAGGUCCUUACGCGCCGCCCAUAAAUGACGCUGAUAUACUAGAGACUAUUAGACUCGUGGAAAGACAUUUGGGCAACGGGUUCAGGGUUGUUAGGUUGCCCAAAAGUGAAACUAAGAUAUCCACUACCGAAAUACUCGAAGGAAACCCCGGGAAAAAGAGUGAAGAAGAUGACGACGAAGAAGAAAUAUAUGUUCAAUGCGCUCCAGGAGAUUUAACCGUUGACCAUUUGAGGCUCAUAGAACUAGCCAGGGUCAAGAAAGAAGGAGAUAGCAAAAAAGAAUCAAGUAAGAUAAGUAAAGAUACCGGAAGUACCGGGAAAGCCGCGUUGACAUUCGACGAAAUGGUUAAAGCCACUGGUUGGGAACCUGAACGGGUUCGGUUAGGUAUCAAUUAUCUAAUCAAAGAUGGUCUCGUGUGGAUAGAUGAACAAAACUUGGAUCACAAUGGACGAAGCGUUAGCAUGUAUUGGUUCCUCAACUUUUUCUAAAUUUUUGUUUUCUAGUCUGGUAAAGGAAUUAGAACAUCAUGAAACUCUUAUAACGAAAAUUUAUUAUAUUAUGAUU